UUUCGAAGUUUAGUAUGUCAAGAAACGCUGGAAAGAGUGUACAGCGAUGAAUCGCUCGUAAAUUACCUGUAGAUACCUUCGUACAUUUCAUGUACGUUUCAGAAUCAAUGACUUGUAAAUGCAGUGAAUAUUGACAAAAUGAUCGCGAUGUGCGAUGUUUGGUUCAAACUUCCUAAGAUAACAGGAUGCGUUGCACCCCUUUGUCAACGGCCAUCGUCGAACGACCAUAAUAGCAACGGCAAAUCGGUCGAGAGCAAAUCUACCGAGGGCGAAUCCCGAAAAGAAUCCCGAAAAACUUCCCAGGCGAAAAACCCGCUUUCGAAUGAUACCUCGGACACUUGUGACAGAAAUCGGAAUUCUAACAAUCCGAAUGAUGCUAAGGAAAAGAGACAGGUUGUGCAACAAACGAAACCGGUGUCCUCGGAAAAAGCACAAAUUUCUCCUGCUAUACCAACUCUUAAUCAGAGCAGGAUAUCGGGAAAAAACCACUUAGAAAAUAUCACAAAUGCACCUCCAAGUGUUUGUGAUGGAUCUGUGAGAGUGGUCCAGGCAGACAUUGAAGUGCAUCCUGAAAUGCACUUAUCACGUAAUCAGGAGUCUUUGGACUCGACUAAAUAUGUGUCAUUUCAGGCUGAUCAAAAUUGCUUAAAUGUCGAAAAGGCGAAAAAACGAGCGUCAUUUUUAAAGAAGUUGAAUUUCAAGAGGAUAAAAACUUGCACGAGAAGCAAGACAUCCAUUCCAGCGGCGCAAUCGACGAUGCUCCAGGACGGUAAAGCAGUCAAUGCAUCGUCAUCGAACAGAAUAAGCGCCAAUAUUCUGGAAACAAAGUCGCAAGACGUUGGCGCCUCCGCGAAAGAAACUGGUCUCAACGGAAAUGGCGAAUCUCGGGAAGAAAAUUGCGAACGGCGGCCUUCGAAAACGUUGCAGGAAAUUGUGCCGCUGAUAAACAAUCGACCCGCGGGCGAGAAAUUAAUGUGCAACAUCAGGAUCAACGGUCUCGCGAUGAAUCAAACCGACUUGGAUCUGUUAGAAUCAACCGAGGGCAAGACUCGAUCGGUUUCGAUGACGACGACCGAAGAGACUUUCGUAAUUUCCAUAGAGUUCGAUCGGCGAAGGAACUUUAAGGAAAAUAAGCCGCAAAAGCAAACGAGAACACCUAACGUCGUGAUUCCACCAAUAUACGUCACGGACUACUCGACUAAGCGAAGCUUCGCGCAACACUCCUAAUUGUAUCCCACGCAGAAGAACGCCUCCGAAGAUCUUCUCGAAGACGAAGAUUACUUAAGAUGUUACCUUUCCCUUCUUCCCGAAAGGAAAGCCUGCGACACGUCGCACGGAAGCAAUUAAUUUCUUGUUAAUUUCUGCGAAUCCGACCAGGAAUCCCGACCAAGAUUCUUGAUUCAGUGAUCGACACCAGGAAUUAACGUGAUCAGUGUUGUGCAGGAAUUUUAGCGAGAAUUCUUGCUGCAGAUGCGUUGUCUCGGCAGUUAUGAAUCGAUGCGAGAAAAGAGAUUCAUGAUGUAAAAAUGGGGGCGAAGGAUAAUGAUUAAUUGCGGCACUGUGUAGCAAUAUGGCGAGCUCGUAGAUCACGUUUCCGUCAACAUUAGCGGCUGCGAGCUUGUUAAACUUGUAAAAAUGAAACAAACGUUCCGGUAAUCGUAAACAGUGCUUUCGGUAUCGCGAAUUUGAAUUAAGCACCACUUACAAUUAGCGGAUUGCGAAUAUACGUACGUUGAACUUUAAACAGCCUCAUUUACUAACCGAACCUCGUUCGGUGUAGACAACCGAUUGCUUUAUCUUCGUUCUAUUUGCUCGCUGUUUUCUACUGCGUAAUAAACAAAAAUCUUGAAUA